UGAAGUUUGAGCUUUCGAGUUAUGAUGACGAUUGGUCAAAGCUCUCGUCCCUUCUAGGAGCAAAUUCAGACGACAGGGUCUUGAGAUGCUUCACCUCCAUCCAUCCCAUCCGUAUUACGCCUACGGGAAUACCUUCUUGCUCCGCAUGGAUUCCCCCUUGGUUAGCCGAAUAUUUCGGCGACUAUUCGCUCAUGAGACAUGCUCAUCACUGAGGGCUGCCCGACGGCCACGAGCGCCAGGCGGAGCAUCGCCGCAACUCUACAGAACCGUCCGCUAUGGAGCUGUUCCUAGGAAGCCGCAGGAAAAGGACAAGGGCGAUUGGUCGCAGCGGAGUCUGUUGUUGCCUCCCGAUCGAACGGAGGAGUUCAAUCGAUAUCCAUGGGUCACGGCCGAGCAACUCAAGAGCUCGAGGCAGCGGCCAAAGCGGGUGAAGAUGUUGAUGAGGGACUUCAUUGAUGAUUCCUUAUACAACCCCCAUUAUGGCUACUUUCCGAAGCAAGCCGUGAUAUUCACGCCCGGUGCUCCUUUUGAUUUCGGUGUAUUGAAAGGCGAAGCGGAAUUCCAGAAGGAGCUCGGCGUCCGCUACACUGAGUUCGAGGAUGCGUUGGAUAAUCAGGAGGAGAAUGAGACAAGACAGCUGUGGCAUACGCCGACCGAACUAUUCCGACCGUACUAUGGCGAAGCCAUUGCCCGAUACCUCGUCACGAACUACAAGCUCUCACUCUACCCAUACCACGACCUCCUGAUCUACGAAAUGGGAGCCGGAAACGGCACGAUGAUGCUCAAUAUCCUGGACUACCUCCGCGAGAUGCACCCGGAAGUCUACGAAUGCACGAGAUAUAAGGUCAUCGAAAUUUCCUCGUCCCUGGCGUCGUUGCAACUACACCAGCUGCGACAAUCCGCGCACGCGGCCGGUCAUCUGGACAAGGUGGAGAUCAUCAACAAGUCCAUUUUCGAUUGGGACACCUACGUGUCGUCGCCGUGCUUCUUCAUCGCCCUGGAGGUGUUCGACAACUUCGCGCACGACGCCAUCCGAUACGACCCGUACACCGACGAAGCGCUGCAAGGCAGCGUCCUCAUCGACCAUGAGGGCGACUUCUACGAGUUCUACAGCCGCCAAUUGGACCCGAUCGCCGCCCGGUAUCUCCGCGUGCGAAACGCUGCCGUCUCCUCGCCGUACAGCCAUCCUUUGAAAUCGCCGCGCGCGCUGCAAAAGCUGUACCAUAGCCUCCCUCUCGUCAUGAACCUGACGGCGGCGGAAUACAUCCCCACGCGGCUGAUGCAGUUCUUCGAUAUUUUACAUCGGUACUUCCCGGGCCAUAGGCUUGUCACGAGCGAUUUCCAUAGCCUGCCGGACGCGACUCCGGGGAUCAACGCGCCCGUGGUGCAGACGCGAUACAAGCGUCGGACCGUGCCAGUCACCACCCCUUUGGUCCAUCAAGGGUACUUCGACAUCCUCUUCCCGACCGACUUCGCGGUCAUGGAAGAUGUGUAUCGCGCGAUCACGGGCAAGUUGACCCGUGUCUAUCCCCACGAGGACUUUAUGAGGCGGUGGGCGUACGUGGAGGAUACGCAGACGAAGAACGGCGAGAAUCCGCUCCUCGGCUGGUACCAGAACGCAUCGGUGUUGACCACAGUAUAAUUCCCACAAUCGGGUAGAUUCUGAGAAACCUUUCAAAUACAGUGGCAGAGAAUUCGGGCUUGAAGAUAUGUACUCGGGAUUGGGCGAAUCCCAAGCGUCGAAGCGUGUGAAUAGCAAUUGAAUACAUGUACUCCUGGU